AUGGCCCCACCCCAGAAAAGGUCAGACGCGAGAAAGACUGGGUAUCCCGCAAAGCCAAACAUCAGAAAGUCAUCGCAGCAACCUUCAGUAAUGGAAGUACAUGUCCAAGGGAAGCGGCGUCAAGGCGUGAAGAAAGAACGACCACAGGGACCUGUCCGCAGGAGCGCUCGCCUGGAAAAGACAUAUCGCAUUCAAGGCAAAACUGAGGCGGCAAACGGCGCCAAUGAAAACAAGAUAAACCCAAUUGAUUAUUGGCUUCGGAGCAAACGUUGGCCCAAAAUCUUUUUCAAACAGGACGGCAGUAUGAGUUCUCCGCUUGCAAGGAGGAAGUCCACGUCUUCUCUUCGCCGCAAGGGAUUGGAAUCAAGUGCCACAACUCCUAGUGAUCAAAGGCCAAGAGAGGAAAAGAGCGCCCCAUAUAAGAACCCACACUACCGAACCGUGCUUGAAACAAAAGGCAGCUUUAUGGAUAAAUCCAGCCUCGGGAUUACAGAUGGGAGCAAAGCUCUCAUCAAGGCGCUGCUUGAUACAGAUCAGCCAGUCCAUGAUGAAUCGUUAUUCGGAGAUGACCUAUUUGAUACAACGUGCUGGAAGCUAGCAGGCAAAAAUGAGACUAGAGUAAUGCUAGAUAUUAUGCGGUUGAUUGUUCCUUCUGCGGAAAUUCUGGCAACCUAUGGUGCCACCAAGUUGGAGUGCUUGAUUGAAGGUACCAAUGAAGCCUGGAAUUGCAGCAUCCCUUUCUACGGGCCACGUCCACAGCCCGACUAUUCUGUGGGUUUCAGGAGGUCUGCAUUCACAGAUAAUCAGCUUGUAAAACUCAAGCUGCUCAUAGAUGACUGGGAUUAUACCUCUCUCUUUAUGGCUACAGAUACUAUGUAUCUUCCGUUCCUGAUAUGUGAGGUGAAAUGCGGUGAGGUGGCACUUGAUGUCGCAGAUCGACAAAAUGCUCACAGUGCCACUAUUGCAGUGAGAGCUACUGUUGAGCUAUUCAAGCUCGUGAAGUGUGAAAUAGAGGUCGACCGAGAGAUACUCGCCUUCUCAAUCUCACAUGAUCAUACAGCAGUGAGGAUCUACGGUCACUAUGCUGUUCUUGAAGGAGAGAAGACAAAUUUCCACCGCCACCCAAUCCACAAGUUUGAUUUUACCUCUCUGGAUGGAAAAGAGAAAUGGACGGCGUACAAGUUCACGAGGAAUGUCUACGACAAGUUCGUGCCCAUCCACCUGAAAAGAAUCUGCGCGGCGAUUGAUCAGAUACCCCUUGACCUGGAUUUUGAUGUUUCACACUCCGACCUUAACUUCUCCCAACGAUCGAAUGUCGAAUCUUUCAACGCGGACGACGGUCGAUCGAGUCAGGGCAGCUUUAUUGGUUCAGAGAAUGUUACACCGACCACCUCCUUCACUCGACAAACCGAGCAGACAUUCAAAAGGCCAAGGAAGAAGCAGUAG